AAGUGCGAUGACGUCAAUGUGGGCAACAAAUGUUGGUAAUGAAUGUGGGCAGGUUGCCAUGACGGUUCUAACGACCAGUGAAGGUGAGGGCCUGGCCAACAUGAUCACAGGUCUCUGUCGUAGAUAUCACUUGGCAGGAGUUCCUGCACCACGGCUCCUUUAUGUUGACAGGGACUGCUGUGGCAACAGUUGUGUCCUUAAAUACUUCAGCUGGCCAUUCCUGAUUGUGAGGUUGGACAUAUGGCAUUUUAUGAGACGGUUGUCUGUCGGUUGCACAACAGACGCCCAUCCUUUAUAUGGGACGUUCAAGUGGGAAGAUGAAGAUGUUAGUCUUCUCAAAUGAGCAAAGAGGGCAGAGAUGAUCCAACAACACAUACCAAGUCCAUCUGAGUCUGAUGUGCUCUGAAGCAUUAAGAAGGACGAGCUUGCUUUACACUGCCGCCGCAUCACAAGAGGCACACAGGAAACAACAACAUUGAUCACACAACUGAUCCAAUCCCUAGAAGGUGACAAAGGACUUGAUGUUCUUGGUGUGCCUCUUAUUGACUCUCUCAAGAUGCAGCAGAUCUGGGCUCAGCAGAGUCACCACGUUGCGUGCCUGCAGGAUCCAGAUGGUGUCCAACUCUACACACAGGUUGGAACAAUAAGAAAGGGUGGUGUGGAAUGGCCGAAGUAGAGAUGCGCUAGAGGUUCGACUUCAUUGGAAAGUUUCCAUCUACACAUGAACCGCUUCAUACCAGGGACAUUGGCGAGUGAUGUCAACUUCCAAGUCUUCCUUUUGGAUGGAGUCCACCGGUGGAACCAGGAUCGACAGAAGGAGAUAACCACACUGGAAAACAAGGCACCACUGUCGUAUGAUGGCAUUCUACAACACUCAGUCAAUCAGUUGGCAAAUGUGGUGCUUGGCAAAGAGAUUUUUCCAGACUUCACAAUACCUGGAACAUACACGGGUGAACUUAUCGGUUCAGAGUAUUUUUACUCUCAGUCAACAGGCACAACUGUCAGGUAUAAGGAGGCGGAACAGUCCAUGGAAGAAGAGGAGGAUGUGGAGGAGGAUAGUACUGUCGAGGAAGAUGACAGCUACGACGAGCCUGCUAUUGACGACUUGACUGUUCCAACACUUGCCACUACCAAUAUACAAAGACAGUCUGAGCCGGGAAGAAUGUGCGUCCGUAUUCCAACAGAGGAGGACCGGCAGUUCCAGCAGGAACUUAACCAACAUUUAGAAUGUGUUAAUCCUGAGCAACCAGUAGAGACCUCUCCUGUCACACAACCAGUAGAGACCUCUCCUGUCACACAACCAGUAGAGACCUCUCCUGUCACAAGUACCUUGAAUGAAACAAUUCCAGAUUAUAGUGACAUUGGACCAGACAGUAUACCAGGAUUCAGCAAAGUACAAAACCUCGCCACAUUUCUAUGUUCUCUUCGUAAGCAGACAGAUGGUUUAACAACUGCCCAAGUAAAUGAAUUAAUUCAGCUGUGGAAUGCCCUUUCGGACUACGAUAAGUCUAGAACUAAGUUCCCACAGAGGUUUUCUUCACCAGGAUCAGGCCGUUUCAAAAGUCCAAAAAAAAUGGUUGCAAUUACAGGGGUUUUUUUUUGCCUGAUUUUAUAGCCGUUAUUCGGUCAUGUUCCCAAUUGAAAAUAGUAUCUUUUUUUCCCAAUUGAAGCAAAAAAAAUCCCAAUUCAAAGCCAAAAAAAAUCCAAGAAAAAUCGAUCCAUUUUACCGAGAAAAACAGCAAAUAUGUCUUUACUCCCGCAUCUUGAUUUGUAAAUUCCCGAUGAAAAGUCGCCCGCCAUCUUGAAAUUUGAAAAAAUACAUCGAUAUGAAAAUAACCGAUAAUUUAGCGAUAAAGUUAUAAAAACGUAUCAAGUUUACAAUGAAUCAAUUACAAAUGCAAUGCCCUAGUUAUGUUUUCAUAAAUAAUUUGUCAAAAUGUUUUUAUAAGGCCGAAAUUUGAGUUCAAAGUGCCAGGCCGCAAGCGUCACUAUACUCCGAAAUUUCGAGUUGAAAUUUACACAAAAUACGUUCGUUCAUCUUACAUGAUAUUAUUUAUUUUGCAUUUAGGGGUUAUAUUUGUCUAGCAUUGGAUUAUGAUAAUAAAAAGGAAGAGAAUUAAGUUUAAAUUACCAAAUUUUUCGAGUUAUAUUGGAAAAACAACGGACAGCGACGCUCGCGGGCACCUGUUAUAACUCGGAAUUCGGAUAACAUCUUUUCGGAUACCAACGUUCAAGCAUACUUUAUCCUGUUACGUGUGACGGCUUUCUAGCGUUUAAUUUUCAUUUUGAAGUUUAAUGGUGAAAUGUUAUGCAAUCAUCGCCUUCUGUAGCACAGUGAAAUAUCCUGGUGACUUCUGUCAGCAGAUAAAAAUUGCUGGGAAAAAAUGUUGAAAAAUGAUUGACUCAACUUCUUCCAGACUUACAGUCAUUAAAACAUUCAGCUUUAUAUAUUUGUGUAAGAUGACUUUCUCUUCGAAUUAUUAUAGCUGUGCUUAAUUCUGUGAUUGUUUUUUUUAAAAAUCUGUCGUAGGACAAUCUGAUCCUGCAUUUAUUUUUUAUUUAAUUCUAAAAGCCUUAAUUAUUAAUCAUUAUCAAAAGCUUGUUAGUGUUAGUUUGAUGAAGAACCUAUGUGCGGCUGCACGAAGUCGACUUAGCUAAGAGUCACUGGUCAGUCUGAUGAGGAUAUGUAUCCACAAAGUCAUCAGUCGCUUUCACCAGCACAACUUACCAGGGUUGACUUGUUGACUGUUUCAAGAAUAUGAAAGUCUAUGAAAUUGAUCUGUAAAUCUUAUCACACUGAGUUACAGUUAAUUAAACAUAAAAA